GCGAUAAGGUAAAUUUGUAUAUAAUUUUGGUGAGUAGAUACCAUAGGUAGAUACAAAGAAGUUAUGUAAUUAUCGUGUCAUUCUUGUGUCUCAGUAACUCAGGAGCGCACGCGUUUGGAUUUUAUACAAAACAAUACAAUAUCAAAAAAUGAGUGACAAAAUUGGUCCCACUGUUGAUGUGGUAGAAAUCGAGAGGCAUUCCGAAUUAAAGAAUAACUGGUGGAUGCCCAAUGGUUCUGUGCCUUGUCUUCAUAGCAUGAACGACCUAAGAAUUCCAUACAUUGUUGAUGGAAUAACAGCAUCAAGGACUAUCAUAAACGACGACCUACCGCUCGCUAACAUAAGAAUAUUGGACAUCGGUUGUGGAGGUGGAAUACUGUCAGAGCCAUUAGCAAAACUAGGAGCAAUUGUCACGGGAAUUGAUCCAAGUGAAAGUCUCAUAGAUUUGGCCAUAGAACACAGCAAGAAUUUCGGACCAAACAAGCCAACAUAUUACUGCACCACACUGGAGGAACAUGCUCCUACCCAUCAAAAUCACUACGAUGCCAUAGUAGCAUCAGAAGUCAUUAGCCACUUGGUCAAUAAAGAAUUAUUUUUCAAGUUAUGUGUAGAAACUCUCAAAGCUGGAGGAAAGAUAUUCGUAACUGCCCCAAACCGGACGUGGAUAGCGUACUUUUUAGGAAUAUAUUUGGCUGAGAAUGUUCUAAAAGUAGUUGCUAAAGGACUACACGAUUACGAGAAAUUUAUAUCUCCUGAGGAUGUCUCACGCAUAUUAGAGAAAAACAACUGCAAGGUGGACAAUACCCGAGGUUUAAUUUACUUGCCCUUUUUGCACCAAUGGCAAUGGAUGUAUUUCAAAUCUCUGUGGUAUGCGCUAGAGGCAACAAAAUUGGAAUAAGUUAAAUAAAUAAUAAAAAAUGUGAUAUUUUA